AUUUCCUAUUUUGCCCUCCACUAUUUCCCCAAACCAAACACCAUUCCCCCUCCUAUUCUCUUUCCCCCAAAAGUUGGAUGCUUUCCUCCGAUUCCGACCGCUUCCCCCACCGUCCGCGCCACCCGGAAUUGCCACGCUGAGGUGCGACAGGCUGCAGAAAUGGCUGCGUCUGGCGAAUUCAAGAACAAAAGCGAAUUGAGAGUUUUUGAGAGUACGGAUGAGCUGGCCACGGAUUUGGCCGAGUACAUAUCGCAGCUGUCGGAGAAUUCCGUGAAGGAGAGUGGAUGUUUUACUAUUGCUUUAUCUGGAGGAUCCCUUAUAAGUUUCAUGGGGAAACUCUGUGAAGCUCCGUAUAGCAAGACCGUUGAUUGGACGAAGUGGUAUGUGUUUUGGGCUGAUGAGCGUGCAGUAGCAAAGAAUCAUGUGGACAGCAACUAUAAACUCACGAAGGAUGCCUUUCUCUCUAAGGUAUCAAUUCUCAGCAGCCAUGUGUUCUCCAUAAAUGAUCAUGUAACAGUAGAAGAUGCAGCAGGAGAGUAUGAAUUUGCCAUUCGCCAGCUGGUGAAGAUUCGGACUGUAGGUGUUUCUGAAAGAAACGACUGUCCAAGGUUCGACCUUAUCCUCCUUGGCAUCGGACCUGAUGGACAUGUUGCUUCACUAUUCCCCCAUCACCCAGCCCUUGAACUGAAAGAGGAAUGGGUUACCUACAUCACCGAUUCUCCCAAGCCGCCACCCGAGAGGAUUACCUUCACGCUCCCCGUGAUCAACUCAGCUUCCAACAUCGCAAUAGUGGCUACGGGCGAGGAGAAGGCCAUGGCGGCAAACCUUGCUAUUGCCGGCACCAACGAAAACUCCGAUUCCUCUUCUUUGCCUGCAAGGAUGGUUCAGCCAACUGAUGGGAAACUGGUCUGGUUCUUGGAUUCAGCAGCUGCCUCAGCACUCGAGGUCAGUAAUGGUGGUUCCAAAGAUGCCAUGUGAUGGUUGUAGGGUCCAGGAAAUGUGUCUUGUGUAGAUCAAACCUUCCAAGAUAGAUGUUUCUCUUUUCCUCUUGGUUGUUUGAAUAUUUUGUUUCUCACGAGCAUAGUUGUGGUGGAGAGGGAGUUUAAUUGCUGCUUGGUUUCUGAUGAGGGAGGGGGUUCUUUGCAGAAGAUAAUAAAUUGGUGUUUCUGUUCAAGGAUACAAAGUGAGUUUUUUCUAUGUAGAGAUUGAGGAGGAGAGGAGGGAUGGUGAAUUCGUCUUAUCGAUGUCAAUAUGCUGUUACCUGAUGUGGAUUUUUUCUUUUUUUGUGAAUGUUACAGUAAUUUCUUAGUUUUUGAUCAUCA